AUGGUGCAGAAAUCUCUCAACGGCGGGGUUUACCCAACUCAAGCCGGAGAGAAGAAGCACAAAGUCGGGUUUGUGGGUUUGGACCCGGGAGCUCCGGAAUCCAGCAGGGAUGGGGCACUGCUCAUUGCGGGCUCGGAAAGCACCAAGCGGAGCAGCAUCCUCUGCAGACCGAGGUCCAGCAUCUCCGCAGGAAGACCGAGGCCGUCGAAGAAAAACGCCAGCUAUCGGAAACUACAGAAUUUUCUCUACAAUGCGCUGGAAAGACCGCGGGGAUGGGCGUUCAUCUACCACGCUUAUGUCUUCCUCUUGGUGUUUUCGUGUCUUAUACUCUCAGUCUUUGCCACCAUUAAAGAGUUCACACAAAGCUCAGAGAGUGCCUUGUACAUCUUGGAAAUUGUGACCAUUGUGGUGUUUGGAGUGGAGUACAUUGUAAGGAUAUGGGCUGCUGGCUGCUGCUGUCGAUACAGAGGAUGGAGGGGGAGGCUAAAAUUUGCCAGAAAGCCUUUCUGUGUCAUAGACAUCAUGGUGCUGAUUGCGUCAGUAUCUGUCCUGGCAGCUGGAUCUCAGGGCAAUGUGUUUGCCACCUCGGCUAUCAGGAGUCUGAGAUUCCUGCAGAUCCUACGGAUGCUGCGCAUGGACCGCCGUGGAGGAACCUGGAAGCUGCUCGGAUCUGUAGUUUAUGCACACAGCAAGGAGCUCAUCACAGCGUGGUACAUAGGCUUCCUGUGCCUCAUCCUGGCCUCAUUCCUGGUCUACUCUGUGGAAAAGGAGUCAAAUAAUGAGUUUGACACGUAUGCUGAUGCUCUUUGGUGGGGACUGAUAACUCUUACCACCAUUGGUUAUGGUGAUAAGGUUCCCAAAACCUGGAAUGGACGCUUACUAGCAGCCACGUUCAGCUUGAUCGGCGUUGCCUUCUUUGCCCUUCCUGCUGGCAUCUUGGGUUCUGGCUUUGCCCUCAAAGUCCAAGAGCAGCACAGACAGAAGCAUUUUGAGAAGAGACGUAACCCCGCUGCAGGCCUCAUACAGGCUGCUUGGAGGUUUUAUGCCACCAAUCUCUCCCGUACAGAUCUGGUGUCUACGUGGGAUUUUUAUGAGCAGACUGUAGCUAUUCCGAUGUACAGACUUAUCCCACCUCUGAAUCAGCUGGACCUGCUGAGGAAUCUGAAGGGCAAAUCAUUCAGGAAGGAGUCACAAACAGAAACCUCUCCCAGUCGGAAGCCGAGUCUGAAGGACAAAGUGUUUCCCAGUCCUUCUAAGGCUCCUGUGUCCAAGGGGAAGGCCCAGUCUCCAGGUGGAGCAGAUGAUGGUGCUGAAGCAAGCCCCAGCAAGGUCACCAAGAGCUCGAGCUUCACCGACAAGAACCGAGGGGCAAAAAAUGCCUUCAAAGCUCGGGGCAGCAUCUCGCGCAAAAACUCAGAGGAGGCAAGCCUGCCGGGAGAGGAAAUUGGUGAUGAUAAGAGCUGCCACUGUGAAUUCCUCACUCAAGAGUUACCACCAGGCUUGAAAGUUGCAAUCAGAGCAAUCUGCAUCAUGAGCUUCCUGGUGUCAAAGAGGAGGUUCAAAGAGAGCUUGCGACCUUACGAUGUCAUGGACGUGAUUGAGCAGUACUCCGCUGGUCACCUGGACAUGCUGUCGCGCAUUAAGAACCUGCAGACCAGAGUUGACCAGAUAGUUGGUAAAGGUCCCAAAGGUGAAGGAGAUGCUGUGGAGGACCAGAGUAUGAUGGGACGUCUGGUCAAAGUGGAAAAGCAGGUGGUCUGCAUGGACAGGAAACUCGACUUCCUGGUCAAUGUGUAUGUGCAGCGUAUGGGCAUCCCCCGUUCCGAAACAGAGGCCUUUUUCAACUCCAGGGAGCCGUAUCCAGCCCCGCCUUACCACAGCCCCGAGGAGAGCAAGGAGAAGGAGGUAAAAGAGGAGGUAAAGGAGGUGAAGACAUGCUCAGCAGCAGAUGUCCCAUGCUCUGACGGGUCUUUGGAAAAGAAAGACCCUUUACUCGGUCGAUCCGUGGCGAGAUCAGUUGGUACUCCCUCUGGGAGCAACAGCCGCCCCUCUACCUCCUGGCAGCACCAGCUGCAAAACCCCAUCAGCCAACCUGCCUGGAACAGCAGCGUGGCCAACACCCCUUCGCCAGUAGGUGGCAGCGGUGACCAUUCGCCCACCCUGUUCCGCCUCCCACCGCCACCUGCUCCAGCUCAUGACCGAUCCUCUUCGGGUCAGGGCGGCAGCGGCAGAGAGAGCGGCUCUCACAGCAGGAGGCGCAACAGGAGGCACAGGUGCCAUCGAGAGGUCACCGCAGUAGAUAGUGACACAUCCCUCUCCAUCCCGUCGGUUGACCAUGAGGAGCUGGAGCGCUCGUUCAGCGGCUUCAGCAUCUCCCAAGCCAAGGAGGACUUCUUUGGGCCCUCGUUCUUUACAGGCUUAGGAGGGGGAGCCGGAGCAGGGACCGAAGCCGGAGGCGGACCUUCACUCUGUGCCAGGGUCAGACCAUUGCUAGCAGAGGGGGAGUCUGACACAGACUCUGACCUCUGUGCUCCCUCGCCUCUGUCUUUCACCGGAGAGGUCUCAGGUGGAGAAAGGGGGUGGGCUGGGCUGAAGUAGAAAGGACUGCUCUGCUGGCAGACCUGCUGAUUGUGACAGAGGCUGAUGCCCCGAUUGCCAACAUGACUGUAUCAUUACACCUCGUGGCCACAGGCUUACUGUAGAUGAUGGCUGAUACAGACUCGGUUGGGUCAAGUGGGCGGUUAUGAGCAGUUGUCUUUUUGCGAUAACGGUAAAAACGAGUUCUCACAAAAAGAACGGGAUUAUCCUUUAUCAACAUUUAAGUUUGUGAUGUAACAGUUCACUGGCAACGCUCGAUUACGGUUACUUUUGUAUCCACUCAGAUUUUGAUUAAAUAGCUGUUUAGAAACCUUUCUUUAACUUAGACAAGAAGCCUUUUCGUUAUGGUACUUAGUGAGACGACACUUACACAGUGUGGAUUUGUAUGAAACAAUAAAGAGAAUUGCCAUUUUAGUUCCUCUUAUGAGACGUUUGAGUAGCAUUUCAGCACCUCUUCUGUUAAACACUGACCACUUUAACAUUCAAAAGCUUGCUGGAGUUUGUAACGCGAGACUGUUGAAAUCUUAUCACGUGGUUAACGUAGUGUCUUGAUAACUUCUAUACCUUAGGAUGUCUUGAGGUGUUAUGUUGCCAAAACCUUAGCUAUGAUGAUCAGUUAGAUUCUUGCUGAUUAAAAAAAAGAAAAAAUGCUUCAUUAUUAAUUCAGCCUGGCAUUUAUGUAAUACUAUGGAAGAACUCCCCUUAAAGUAAUACUGAAUACUCCUGAACCACCUGCAUGGCAUGAUAAAUGAUUGAUUUAGGGACUGUGUUAAGUAGGUUGCAAAAACCAAACAGUGACGAACAGUCAAACUGUGUUUUUCUUCUAUACAGUAAGAGAGAGUGGUGAAUUUUUAAAAAAAAGUGCAUGCAUGACUGGUUUCAAGCUAUGUUUUAAUUUUUCUAAGGAGCUUUGCUUGAAUUCCAAUCAUGUAAAUGCAGCCUGAGCUUGCUAAUUUCAACAGCUCUUCUUUUCUGGGUAAAUAUGUUCAUAAAAUUCUAUACACAUUAAAUACAAGAGCAGAUGUUUAAUGCUGCACAGGUAUGGGAACAGGAAGGGCAUUUGCUUGUACAUUUUGUAUUGUUAUCACAAGGCAUGCAGCGUUGAAGCUGGAUUGAGUGCACGUGAAACUCUCUCACUUGUUACUCUGACAUGAUGGUAUUUAGCCUGCAGUGCAUUGAACAUUCAUUUAGAUUCUCUGAUGCUACGUCAGUUUCAGACUAAAUGAGGAAAUGCAAUAAAAAGCAAGCAACGCAAUCAAGAACUCAUCCUUUAAAAUUGUUGCCUUAUUUCCACACCAAAAUUUUAGAGGUCCACAAAUCAACAAUUUCAUUUUUAACAUUUUAUAACAGUAGUGUAUGUAAAUUGUUAUGGUGGGUUCUUUGGCCUCAGAGCAGAUGUUUCAGGUUGCACAUUUAGCCAUUGAUAAUGCUAACCUUUGAAGCAUGAACAGUUCUUGUUAAAUUUAACCAAUGCCAACAUUUUAACAUUUACAUUAUAACCAAGGAAGUGUAAUUCAAUAGAGACUGUUAAUACACGGUCCAUAUUUUUCAGCAAAAUCAGGAAGCAACUUGCUGGCAUGUUUUUUACAACCCAUUGAAAAGACAUGUAGGGUUUUACAUGAUACAGUAGAUCAGCACCAUUGUGUAACUGCACCUUUGUCUUGUUCAAA